UGAAUCUACGCAUGCGCCGUCAUAGAGGGGUUGCGCAAAAAUGAGUUCAGUGUGGAAGCGAAUUCAGCGUGUGGGAAAGAGAGCGUCGAAGUUUCAUUUCGAAGUGACAUUUCAAUGUCUGACGAUAGAGCUGAGUUCGAAUAAAUGGUCUCCAAACAAACUUGUUGUUAUAUGGUCAAGAGGCAGGAGGAAGUUGAAAUCUAAGUCUUUGAAAUGGCAGCCUGGCAUUAGCACCUCCAUAAUUGGUGUUAUGGUGUGGCCUGACACUGAUACUGUUGAGGCUGAAGUGAGUCUCUACAAGGAUUCAAGACACAGACAGUUUGAGUCAAAAGCGUGGACUUUUAGCAUAGAGGAUGUAGCUGCUGGAGGUCAGAAGAAAGUACUAGCUUCCGCAAACAUCAACAUGGUUGAUUUCGCUAGUGCUCUUCCUACUACUACCGAUCAAAAGAUUGCACUGAAGAGACAGUCCACUAAAGUCAAAUCUUGUUCACUUGAAUUCCAACUGUCUUGUCGAUUUCUGAAAGAAGGGAAAGCUACUGAUGAUGACAUGCAGAGUUUUGCCAGUCAGUUGAGUCUGAACGACUUGGGUUCAUUAGAUGAUUUAGCUGGCAAUUAUGAAUACUCGGACGUGGAGACAGAUGAGGAAACUGAUAUGCAACUCAAGCGUUGUAAUGAUGCAGAACGAGAAGGAAGUGGGUCUGCUCUUGUGACGGCCAAUGGCUUUGAUUAUAAAGAUCUUGGAGGAGAACGAACGGUGAGUCCUAAGAGAUCUGAACGAAGUGUAAGUUGUACUCCUGAACCUUCUGAACCUUUGAAACAGCUUGAACCCAACCAGGCAUCAGCAGUCUCAAGGUCUGAUGAUCUCCUAGGAUGGUGUAAACAGGUCACAGAAGGGUAUCGUGGAGUGAAGCUGACUAACUUGACCACAUCAUGGAGGAACGGCUUGGCAUUCUGUGCUCUCUUGCACAGAUUUUAUCCUGAUAUGAUUGACUAUGGAUCAUUGUCACCGCAUGAUAUAUUCAAGAAUAAUAAUCUGGCAUUUGGAGUCUUUGAAAAGAUUGGUGUACCUCGGCUGUUAGAUCCACGUGAUAUGGAAAAGCUGGCUGUACCUGAUCGUUUAGCAAUCAUGACAUACUUGUUUCAACUUAGAAUGCACUUUGAAGGUCGUCAGAGGUCUGGUAUUGUUGAACAAGAUGCAGUAGCAAGCUCUGAAAUUGCCUUAGUGGUAGAGCCACAGAAGGGAUCGGGACAAGCUUCUGUCACAGAUCCAGCUGCUGUUGGUGCUGCUGAGUUGUACGAAAUGGCAGAUGCAGAAACAGACAGUGACGAGGAAGGAAGCAAUGAGGAGAAAGAUGAGGAUCAGGUUGACAUGCAGAAUCAAAUUGUCGAUGUGAAGCAACAAGAUGACAGCAAACAUGCGAGCAACUCUGAGGACGAAUCAGCAGAAGACGAUGAUGAUCAUUCAGAUUCCAGCAGUAGUAGUCAAAACUCAUACAAAGAAGAGCGAAGAGCUAAAAUAUCUGCAGCAGAAGCACUUGAUAUCACAAUUGCUCAGACACUUGAAAUUACAGCAAUCACAGCAGCUGCAGUCCAGGAGCCUGUGGAGAGAGCGAAUGAACAAAGAAGUCGGAGCAUUUCAGACAAUGAUACAGACCAGAAUGAGGAGGAGAAGGAGGAGAAAGUAGAAAAAGGUAAAGUAUUUGUGGCUGCUGAGGACAGGGACAGCAGCAAGGAGGAGGAAGGAGAAAUUGAACAAGAGGAUGAUGAAAAAGACAGUGUAGAGGAGGAAACAAAGCUACUCAAUCAAGACUUUGAAGUUAAUACGAUGGGGGAAAUUUCAGAUUCAUCUGUGCAGGCAGUUGAAAGUGUGGCUUCUUCUCAUCAACACAAAGUCAGUGAACCACAAACAGCAAAGCUAAAACUCAAAGAACUUAAUGUGGGAGCUGAAGGUGGUGAUUCACCUCAACCACAAAAGCCACCACGUCGGGUACUACCCUCUGUGCCUAAAGAUGCUCCAGCUAGUCCCAGAACUGAGCGGGCUGUCGAGCGAGCAAAACUUGCUGAAAUGAGAAUUAUGGAGCGGCUAAAAAAGAGGCAGCAACAGAGUGAAGAACAAGGCAUUUCUUUGGAAGCCAAGGACAACGAGUUUCUACUUGGAGACCACAAUAGGCAUGAGAUAUGUGGAGACUCCAACCAUACACCAGCAACUGAAGCAAGUAACCAAGAAGAACUUAGAACAGAUAGCAGAGAGACACACAAGUUGAAGAGUGAAGAUCAUUCUUUAUGUAGAGACAAACCAGUCACAACCGAGGGUCAGGUCUCUUCUUGCAACUUCAAGACAAUUGGAGACGAGAGUUUAGAACAGUCUUUUUCUGGAUCAGCUAAUCAAAUGCAGGUUUGUUCUUCACUUUUAUCUGAUGACAUAGCAACCGAAGCAAGUAUAAAAGAUGAAGGCAACGUACGUGUAGUAGCUGCUGCCACAAAGAAGCAUGAAGCAUCACCAGUAUCAGCAUCAACCAAACAUGAAUCAGAAAAAGGUUCAAUAAAACGAAAAGCACCACGUCCUCCAGCACAGCAGCAUCAGAGACAAAGUCCAAAUGAGGAAACAAAAGAUCAGAAACAAGAAACAAGAAAACCAAGAUUGCCAAGAUCUGCAAGGUAUAGAAUGGAAAGUCAGGCAUCUAUAGAAGACAGCAAAGUAAAGAAACGAGCACCUGCUCCUCCUAAAACACAGCGUAGUGAAACAAAAGUAGAAAGUAACAAGAAACAGAAAAGGAAAGCACCAGGUGCACCUCCAUUGACUAAACAGAGAGAAAGUUCUCAGAAUAUCACAAUAGAAGAAAACGUAAAUGAAGAAGCUAAAAAGACAGAAGAACGUCAACACGUAGAAGUAUCUGCAGAACUCGAGAAUACUCGGCCAAUAAGGAAGGACAAGCGACGAGCACCACAACGUCCUGGAAGCACAACAGAAAAACGAGGAAACGAUGUUGAUAAAAGUAAGCAACCAUCAAACCAAACUGUUGAAUUGACAGACAAGCCCAAACCGCGAAAGAGAAAAGAGAAGGCUCCAGUACCUCCCGUGGCAGCUGCCACUCAACCCGUGGCAACGAGAGAUGAGAUAGCUUGGGCAGAGAAACAGUUGGAAGAAAAGAAGGCUGAAGAUAAGGAGAAAGAAAUGCAACCCUCAAUUCCGGCCAGUUAUGAAGUUGGUGGUUGGGAAGAGCUUCCGAUGCAAGAUGCCAGUGAAUAUGUUUCAUCAGAACGUACUGUGUUACGUAAUAGGCAAGAUGAGCUUGAUAGGAAAGCAGUCGGGCUUGAGAAACAGCUUAGACAUGCAAUGAAAUCAGGCAAUCUGCAGAGGGAGGAGGUAUUGAUGCAGAGCUGGUUUGCUCUGAUUACCGAGAAGAAUGGACUAGAAAGGAGAGAACAGGAACUUAACUUGCUGGAACAGGAAGAGAACCUGGAGAGAAGACAUGAGUUGCUAAAGAGAGAACUACGGAAGAUUAGUACCCUUGAAGACUGGCAGAAGUCGCCACAAGAUCGAUAUCGUGAAGACAUGCUUCUCAAAGAACUAGUACAGGUUGUAGACAAGCGAAACGAGCUGGUCAUGGUUGAAGAAAGAGAUCACAAACUAGCUGCUGAGGAAGAUGCUCUUGUUGAACAUGCAUUGUCAUCCUCAAAACUCUUCAAAGGAAAGAAAGUAGAUGAUCCACCAUGUGUAAUCCAGUGACACGAUGACAACUGGUUUGUAAAAAAAAGAUGCUUCUGGCGUUGAUAAAUUGGGAUAAGAAAUGUAUGGAUUACUGUAGUUUAUUUUGACAUGCAAAUGUCUGACAGCAAGUUGCAUAUUUGCAAUGCAUUAUCAUUAGAAGGUUCAAGAACAGAAGUGUUCCAUUGAAUUAUUGCACGUUACUGGCACUUGUCAGUGAAAUAAAUAAAAUCUUGAGUUUAAAGUUUACAAUGCCAUUGCCAAAUACUGAA